UUGUGGCUGCCUUGCUUGCUGUGAGAAGACAAUGUCUCCAAGAACGAGAAACCCCAGAAGCCACGCACCUCCCCCGGACCGACAGCAGCACACCUCGCAAGUGCAACGGGAGAGACGACAGGACUCCCGCGGCCCACAACCGCCUCACUCAAGGGUUACCUCCAUCGCCACCUGGACGGUGGUGGCGCGGAACAGACCAGUCUCCUGGGCCUCCAGGACCCGGUGGUCCAGUCAACCCAGGCCGCUGCGCGGAAUGGACCCCAGCCAAGUGCCCCCACCCUUCAGGGGGCUCACACUGGAAGAUCGGCAUCCAGCCGACCCACCCAUCGCCCUGACCGAAGACGAAAGGCGCCUUCUGUGCCCAGUCUGCUGGGUGCCAGAGCUGCACCGCUCCGCCCAUCGUCGGGGCCCCCUCCACCGCGCAAAAGUGGAAGCCCUCCGAGAAGCUCGAUCCACAGGAUCCGACGUGGCAGCAGCAGUGGCCGUGCUACAGCGGCACCGUCCAGACCUCCUACGGGGCCCGCAAGGUCCUCCAGCCAUCCCGGAUGACGUGGUCCUUGACAUGCCAGACGUUUGAGACUCCUGUGUAGAUGGAUUUAGGGAGGGGGGAGUGUGGGCGUCACUGAGCGGCACGUGUGUAAAACACCUGAUAAGCGGAAUCGGGUCAUGCGUCCCAGAAGUAGGGGGCGUAAAAGGGCUA